AUUGUACAUUUUUCAGCUUCUUCUCCACCUUAGAAGAGUGAAAGUCGUUGUUGAACUUCAACUAGCGACCUUUUGACCAGUCCCGCCUUCCCCAGCCAGCCAGCCUACAAUUUAUGCAUACCCCGUAAAAACCUUGUGCAAAGCCAUUCUUUCUAUAAAAAUUCUCUCUUUUCUCUCAUCUUGAUAUCUUGAGUUCAUACUAAUCUUGAAAUCCUCUCUGUAAAACAUGAAUGAUCUCUUCUCCAGCUCCUUCUCUCGCUUUAGCAGCGAAGAAGCCCCCCCAGCUCACCAUGUAAUUCAGAUGUCUGAAGCGCCAUCCACUGGAGGGGUUAACCUUGACAAGUUCUUUGAAGAUGUAGAGUCCAUCAAAGAUGAGCUGAAAGAGCUAGAGAGGCUUAAUGGGAAUCUUCAGUCUGCACAUGAGCAAAGUAAGACUCUGCACAACUCUAGGGCUGUCAAGGACUUGAGGUCCAAGAUGGAUGCCGAUGUUGCUCUGGCAUUGAAGAAGGCAAAGCUGAUCAAGGUCCGGUUAGAGGCCUUGGACCGGUCUAACGCAGCGAACCGGACUCUUCCUGGGUGUGGAGCGGGGUCUUCUUCGGACAGGACUAGGACUUCGGUGGUGAAUGGGUUGAGGAAGAAGUUGAAGGAUUUGAUGGAUGGUUUUAACGGGUUGAGGCAGAAGAUAUCGACUGAGUAUAGAGAGACUGUGCAGAGGAGGUAUUUUACAGUGACUGGGGAAAAUCCUGAUGAAAAGACUAUUGAUCUCUUGAUCUCUACAGGUGAGAGCGAGACAUUUCUCCAGAAAGCAAUUCAACAACAAGGGAGAGGGAGGAUUUUGGACACUAUUAAUGAAAUUCAGGAAAGACAUGAUGCUGUGAAAGAUUUGGAAAAUAAUCUAAAGGAGCUUCACCAAGUGUUCUUGGACAUGGCAGUAUUGGUUGAACAUCAAGGUGAACAAUUGGAUGACAUUGAGAGCAACAUGCAAAGAGCUAAUUCUUUCGUGCGAGGCGGCACCCAGCAGCUGCAGACUGCCAGGAAACUACAGAAAAAUACAAGGAAAUGGACUUGUUAUGCCAUUAUUAUAUUGCUGAUCAUCAUACUUGUUGUGCUGCUCAUUUUGCGGCCUUGGAAGUAGAGGUGAUGUUGUCUAGAGAUCGAUAUGUCUAUACCUAUCAGCUGUCCUUCAUUCCAGCUUGUUACGAUGAGCAUUUUAUUUUAUUUUUUGGCGUGUGGUUUAUUUAUUACUCUCUGCCUUUAGCGGAUUAUUAGAGGCAGAGAGAUGGGAAAUCAUAGGAUAUCGAGUGUAAUUUAUGCGUGUGAGUGCAUCCAGAUUGGGAAAGCCAUGGAUUCCCUUUUGGGUCUAGGCAGGCAUUGCCAUAUUGGAGACAAGCAACCCCUUUUCGUAUUUAGAUUCUUUUCUGUAACUAAUAUUUUGGAUUUUAGCUUAUAAAUCUUCUGUUCUUCCUGGCA